AUGUACCCUCGAAUGUGGCAAACUCGUGAACCCAACCCCCACUAUGCUGUCCCUGGCACCCAGUCACUUCGAGUCGCUGGCCUGACUUGCUGGGUCAACAGCGGACAGCGUCACAAACACGUCUGCUCUCCUAAAAUCUCUCCCGACGGGAGAACAUUCACCUGCUGGAUCGAGUCCAUAGCUGGUCAGGAAUUUACCGUCCAUUGGCACAACAACGUCCGUAACGUCGCUUUGGAGGGCCAGCUCUACAUAGACGGCGUCCUCUGUGACACACACAUCAUCCCAGACGCUCACCUCUCUCCACAACCGCACUACGCCACCGUCCAUAUCGGCUGGGCCCAAACCUCCGAUGACACACGGCAGAACUUCGUGUUCUCCAAUAUCACACCAUCAAGUGGGUCCACCGGUUUAGCCUUUUCUCAAUUCAGUCCCAAAAUGAACUCUCUGCUUAUCCUUGCCCUUACAUUACUCAUAGAUGAUGACGAUAAGAUCAAGUCCGACAAUCUCGCAGAUACGUUCGGGACCAUCAAGUUGGAGGUUCGCCGAAUCAAGUUGGAGAGGAAGACGAAGAGACAACAUGACCCAGUAUACACCGGUCAAAUCCUCAGAGAUGCGGCGGUCCCAAUAACGAACGACGGAGUUCUACAUCAAGCAAAAUUUGGCGAAGAGUACCACUGGCCCCAACGACAGAUCGAAACGGUUCGCGGUUCCAGAAUCGACGACGAACCCUGGUAUACCUUUAUAUUUAAAUAUCGACCUCUAAAGGAACUCCUACGAAUGAAUGUCGUCCCUGACCAAUUCAUGCGGGCUCCUGUCAUGAUGGACUUGCAUCCUCGCCAGGAUCAGUACGAGGCAAGGACACCGUACGGCGUCGACCUCCCUCACCAGGACCAACGACGGCCUUCUCCAGAGGUCAAGACUGAACGGAGUCCGAGCCCAGCGCUAUUCCCCGAGUCUCUUAAUAGUCCCUGGUCUGUAAAGCAAGAGGACGAGGAGAAGCCCCUCUUAUGA